CUUAGGCUACCUACCCAGGUGGAGGUAAUUGCACCUUUCUGCAGUAUUGUGCUGCAUUGAUUUGACUGUCCGUUUGUCGGUGUGCAAUCGUGCAUGUGAGCAAAACAUCAACUGGAGAUGUCUUGGCUGCGGGUGACAAAAAUAUUUGUAUUUGUAUUUUUAUUUGCGCUCCCUCUACCACCUUUCGCGCUUCGAACUUGGAGUUCGUUACAAUUUGGCAAUUUCAGCGCAGCUAAUGUUUUAGACAUAUAUCGUCAAGAAACGACCGAUAUCAGCGGUGAGGGCCGAGGGACUGAUACUGUGAAAGGCAAGAUGGGACUACUGUUACUCUCAAAUCAACUGAAGUCCAUUGAAAACCCCAAACAUAAGCCAACGGAGCAAAGGCCUUGGGAAGAACUGAAUAUCAUUCACCUGCAAAAUGGAUCAUGGAACCUACAACCACAUUCAGUCACACGCAAGAAAAGGUCACUCAUUAGUAACGGCUAUCAGUCUGACUUCUCAGGUCACGUUCACCAAAAGAAAGCGUUUGUUUUUCCACCUGGCCCUGAUACGCACACGGGCGAGAGAUGGCAGUCGAUGAGGCCGGUGGUGGAAUGUGCGGGUAACGCGAUGACCCUCACAGCGCAGGGAAGAGGAUACACGAAUUUGUUGGUAGACCGAGAGGGGUCGUCUCCAGUGUCGCUUUUCCACAUGCCACCUCACUGUGGCUACAACAUGAAGUACACGUGGAAGGACCUGGUCCUGCGCGUGCCGUAUGACGGCUGCUAUAUCAUCCGAGAGAAUGGCAGCUAUGUCCUCCCUCUGCUGUGGUGGGGAAAGCCGGUAAAGAUCUCUUGCCCAGUGAUUUCCAUCCCCCAGCUGCUGUGUUCGCCCUACGGGAUGAUGCUGAAGAUCGCUGGGGUCGAGGAUGGGGGACAGACACUUAAGGCCAAAGUGGAGGAUAAACAGGUGCCCCUGGUGUCCUCGGAGUGUGCCCAUCCCAUGGACUCGCCACCUGAACAUCUGUUUGUCUUCGCCCCUUACACAGCUGCCUGUGUGACGCUGAAGGAUGACCACAGCACAAUCGUCGUCGUCCACGGUGGAACAGGGUUCACCAUGGCCUGUCCUCUGCAACCUCACAUGGUCGAUCAUCUGUCCUCUCCGUCUCAAUCCUCUUCCGCUGUCCCACCUGAAAAGCCCGGCCCAAAGGAGCAGUCCCAGUCUCAACCCCACCCUCCACCUCCACCCACCACCCCUCCGCCUGUCGCUGCGUCGACCCCGAUCCCCAACCCCACGGGGGUGCCUGCCUAUGCCCCUCUAGGUCCUCCAUACAUGCUUUACCCCCCUCAGAAAUUUCCGGGAUAUCUAGCUCAUGCACAGCCGUACCCCCAACAAGAGCACGGUCCUCCGCCCGUCCCCACUGCCCCGGCUCCCUCCGCUCCCAUCUCCUCGUCACCUGGACGACCAGUGGACACCCCUGACCAUCCGCUGCAGCAUCCUUACAACCCGUUCAUGUCUUUCUUGCACCCCUACGUCGGCCAAAAGUUUCCAGCGCCUCCACACUCCUGGCAAGAGUCUCCAGCUCCUCCUUCUCCGACGAUGAUGACGACUCCUGCUCCCACGUCUGUGAAGAUUCCUCCCCCGGCGGCUGAAACACCAGGCCCAGCACAAACUCCAGGCUCAGCAGAAGGAGGGGCUUACGGUCACCUCCUCUCCUCCUCCUAUCCCUACGCGUAUCCGUAUAUGGAACUGACGUUUCCGGGUUUUCCUCCUCAUACGGAUCACAAAUCUCCGUCUCCUCCGCCAGUACCCACCUCACCCCCACCUGCUACCACACCUCCUGCCCCCACACCUCCUGCCCAUGUGUGGGUUUACAGGCCCCACCCGUACCCGUACCCGUACAUGGGGCAAAUGUUGCCCACCCACCCUCACACGCAACAAAAAACACCUCCAUCUUCAUCCUCAUCUGCAGCUUCAGACCCUGGAUCAGAGACAGCAUCUACGCCGUCACCGGGGCCCUAUGAUCGGCACUUCAUACCUUUCGUUUACCCUCACAUAGGGCUGAAGUUCCCAUCUCAUCCUUACCCCCAACCAGAAGCUCCAUCUACACCUGCCCCUACCCCGGCCUCCCCAGCUCCUCCUAAAAUGCCCCCCUCGUCUCCAGCCCUCGGUUCGCCGCCACAGAUUCCCUUCUCCCCGUCAGGGCAGUAUCAUGAUUUCAUUUCUGAGCAGUACCCUUACAUGGGGCAAAAGUUUCCAGCUCUUCCUGGUCACGCCCAACAGGAGACUCCGCUUGCGUCUACCUCAUCUUCUUCGUCCACUCAGAUACCCCUUCCAGGUCCAGCCAGCCACGGUCUGCUCUCCCAGUCCCAGAUCCCUCUCUCCCCAGCAGGGGCACUACACCCAUACAACUACCCUGGCCUCCCCUGGUUUGCCCCCCCACCUCCCCAUGCUCCAGGUGACCCCUCCAGUGCACCCUCAAAAGAUGGCCCCCACUCUCAGCUACCCCACGCUCUGCACUGGCCCCACUUUUACUGGCCCCACGUACCGCCACCAUCAGGGCCCGGCCCUGCUUCUACCGACACUACUACGGUAGCAAUGCAAGCUCCCACUACUGCUGCUACUACGACGACUGCUGCUCCUGCUACCACAACUACUGCCCCAGAGGAUGCUACAAAUACCCCUGCAGCCCUCAUGUCCAAACACCCGGUCAGUGCUGCUGGGGGUCCCAUGUUGUACUACCCUCCGUAUCAGGCUCCGUUUCCGGUCCCUGCCUGUCCACCGCACUCCCAGCUGACGUGUACCGGUUAUCCACACCCCGGCUAUGACUCGCUCACCUCAACGACUACCAUAGCGCCUCAAACGGAGCAUCCUAGCCAGGGAUUGUCUUUGUUGGGGCCGCCGGCCGUCGUACCAUCCAGUGGUACCAAAGGCCAGUCCUCCACUGAUCUGUGGGAUGCUGAGAUAUCUGGGCCCCCCAAAGUACCACCUGGCCGGUCUCCCGUCCUCUCCUGCACUGUGGAUCGCCUGGUCGUUUCCCUGCCUAGCGCCAACCUCGACUCCAUCCAGCUCAGAGAGGCCGGAAACUCCUGGGUGUCGGUGGCCUCCACUCUGCCUCACUGCCGUUAUGAGGUGAAGUCCGACCUGAGGGGGGCGCUGCUGUCCUCUCCUCUCCCCGCCUGCCACUCCCGACAACCCGACAACCCCUCCAUCCGGUCACUGCCUGUGAGGUUCUGGGAUGUUGUGCUUGGCCGUUACCGUUACUUGAACCUGCUGUGCCCUGUCACAAGCCUACCGCCCCCCACCACCACUACGGCUGCACCAACCACCCCGCCCACCACCACCACCACCACAAUGGACUCUGGUCAAUGGACUCUGCUCCCUCCCAUCCCGACCGAUUUGCCCUCCCCCGUCCCGAAGCCAGAGGUGCUGUGCUCCACCCAGCACAUGACUGUAGCACCUCCCCCUGGGCCGGUGUCUGCUAUAGUGGUCAAGGGCCUGGACGGGAAUGAGGUGAAACUGGAGGAUGCCCCAGUUCAUUGUGGGUACAAAGUGAGCAUGGGCAAAAGCAGCCGCAUCACCAUCGUCCUGCCCUACGACUCCUGUCAUGUGACGAUCAAGGGGAAUCGGCACAUGGUGGUGUUGAGAUAUCAGCUGUGGGAUGGACGCAGCGCCGAGGCCCAGCUUUCCUGCCCUCUCCCCACGCCUCCCACAGGACCACAGUGUGAUGUGCCCAGUGAGAUAGCCUGUACUCCAGACCCAGUGUCUGCCUCACAGUGCCACAUGCUGGGCUGCUGCCACUGCCCUGCCACUGGAGCCUGCUACUACCCCAUGGACGAGUGCACGGAGGACGGCCAUUUUGUUUUCUCGGUCCCCUCCACCAUCAUGAGCCCUCCUCUCAACCCCGCCAUGCUCCUCGCCGGCGGCAACGCGUCCUGCCCCCCCUGGCGAGCCACCCCCAAGUACGCCCUGUUCAAGAUUCCGCUGGACGGGUGUGGGGCCCACAAGUUUGAAGUGGGGGAGUCGGUGAUCUACAUGGUGGAAAUUCUGAACACAGUUCAGGCCAUCUCGUUAAACUAUGGCACCAUCACACGGGAGUCUCCAGUAAGGGUGCUGGUGGAAUGCAGGUAUCUACCCGGGGCGGUGGUCAGUGUGGGCUACCUGGUGAAGAGGCCGUCCCUCGGCCCGUCCAUCCAAGCCCAGGGUGUGUUCGGUGUCCAGCUCAGGAUUGCUGAAGACCACACGUACACGUCCUACCACCCUCAGUACCACCGGCCCCUGGGCCUGCUGCUGGGGAAGCCCCUGUACCUGGAGGUGCGGCUGCUCAACCCCCCCGACUCCGACCUGGUGCUGCUGGUGCACUACUGCGUGGCCUACCCUCGCUCGGCACACGCCACCUGGGUGCUCAUCUACGACGGGUGCCCAAACCCACUGGAUCCUGGGCCCCAAGUCUACCCGACUCCUCCCCUUCCUGACACGCCCAGUCAAACCCGCAGGUUCACCGUCUCCACCUUCCAGUUCCUGACCAAUGAGAAUAGGGAGGAUGCACCAGACCCCUCCCACUCAGACGAAGAGAUCUACUUCAUGUGCUCCACCGAGGUCUGCUCUCCCUCAGACGGGCCGUGCGUGGAGGGAUGCUUCAGCGACCCGUCUAAAGACGACACCAAACACUAAAACAACAACGACGACAACCUCAAACUCGACAAGACACGCCCAGUCUCACACUGCUCCUGCUGUACUAAUAAACUCCCUCAAAGAGA